AUGUCUGAACAUCUCAGGUCACUUGGGUUUGUUCAUACAUACAUCUCCUCCAUCCAUAGGGAACCCUCCAUCAUCAACUAUCACCGAUAUCUUGAACACUUUGAUCAAAGAGCUCUUGCAUUCCAGAUUCGCAUUGAUCCUCAUGAGUUCAUUCCCUUUGGAAUGGAUAUAAUGCCUCUUAUCAGUACUCUUGGUUGGGAAUUCCUUAUCAACCUCCCUGCUCAGCCCGCUUGUCCUGAACUAGUGAAACACUUUUACAGCAACCUUCGUUGUCUAGGUAUUCAGACUAAAAGGUUCUCUACUCUUGUCUAUGGACACCUUUUAUCUGUUCCCAUGCGUUCUCUGAGCAUCAUUUUAGGGUAUCCAUCCUCUGGUCUGGCUCUAUCUCAUACAUCUGAAAUGUGGAAGUUCGAUUUCAAUCUUGAUGUUGAAGGGGCCAAGUUCUCUGGGCAGCCUGUUGGUUCUUCUUUUGAAGUCUUUCCUGCCUCUCGACUUUGUCCCAAGCUCAGAAUCUUUCACUAUUUUCUGACUCGAGUAUUGCUGCCUCGGGGGUAUUCAAGAGAUCAAGUUCUUCCUCUUGAUAUCUGGGUUAUAUCUCACGCUACAGCUGGUCAGAAACUUGACUAUGGGUCACUGUUGUUUGGAGCUAUGGUCUCCCCAGGAGAAGGAUCUCUGCCCUUUGGAGGGAUGGUUACUGCAUUUCUUGCUAACAUAAACAUCAACAUAUCAGGCUUUCGAUCUGAAUCUCCCACAAUUCAUCUCAGUGCUAGGAAUGUUCUGACUUGUCUCGGAUUUCAUGUUCCUCCCUCUCCUGCUCAAGCUCCAUUAAGGGAUCCUGGAAAUCCUGGUCUUAUAUUUGCUAUCAAUAACUCCUCAUCCGAAUCAUCGGAUGACGAUCUUGAGGCAGACUCUGACUCUCCUGUUCAUGGUCCUUCUCAGUAG